AUGGCCUCGAACGACCAAAGGUGUUUGAAAAAAUUGAAAACUUGGCGUGAAGAGGUUAAUUGGGCGAUCGAAAAAGACCGACGUAAAUUUUUUCACAAAUUUUAUGCCCUGGUCGAAAAUUGGGAGGGACAGCUUCCCAACCUCCGUGACAUUUUUCAAAGCGAAGAGAUCGACUGGCUCCUCACCGAGGAAAUAGAAAACGAUAAAAAUUCUUGGGGCAACUUUACCGGAUGGCCGCUCGUUCGAUUCGUGAUUCGCGCCGGCUACAGAGACGAGCCCGAGUCGUCGGGCCUGACUCACUUCCACGUGGCCUGCAAGCACGGCUGCGACGAGGUCGUCGAGAGAUUUCUCGAGCUCGGACAGGAUCCGGACUGCCUCGUUCCGAAAACGGGCGAUUCGCCGCUGAACUUGGCUCUGAGGCACGGACACAAGAGGGUGCUGGAACUGUUGCUGAAGUACGGCGCCGAUCCAAAUCUGACCGGCAAAAAGGACGGAUCGAGCCCUCUGCACCUGAUUUGGGUUCAGUCGAGCGACGACGUGAUGGAGAUAUUUUUCCAAGUCUGCGACGAGAUUCUCGAGAACGCGGUGCGGGUCGACGCUCGCGACAAGUUGGGCCGUACACCUCUGUGCUUGGCUCUGCAGCGGGGCAAAAACAAGGCGGCCGAGAUUCUGCUGAGGAGAGGCGCGGAUCCUAAUUCCACCGAUGCCGAAGGAUCGACACCUCUGCACGUUAUGUGCAAUAACCGCAAUGUCGAUUUCACGAAGAUAUUUUUCAAGAUCUGCGACGAAGAACGUAAAGUGGUGCAGGUCGACGCUCGAGACGAUUUCGGACGCACACCAUUGCACUUGGCCGUACUCGACAAAAACGAGAAACUAGCUGAAUUACUUUUGAGAAGGGGUGCAGAUCCGAAUCUGGCCGGAUCGGAUGGAUUGACUGCACUGCACAUUAUGUGCAAAGAAGGCAAAGAUGAUGGCUAUGAUUACGUCGACGAUGACCUGGUGGAGCUAUUUUUCCGGAUCACGGACGAGAUGCAGCUGUCGGUCAAGGUCGACGCCGUGGACAAGAAGGGCAACACACCGCUGUCCUAUGCUCUAAAAAGUGGCGUCAAAAAAGUAAUCGAACUACUGCUGAGAAACGGCGCGGAUCCGAACUUAGCCGACGCAGAAGGAUUGACUCCUCUGCACGUUCUUUGCAAGACAGACUAUUUUCUUCGCAACGGCAAACAUUUGUUGGAAAUGUUCUUCGAGCUGAAUAAGGACAAAGAACAGAAGUUACAGGUCGACGCCCGCGAUAAGAAGGGCGACACGCCGCUGCAUUUGGCUCUGAAAAAAUACUUCACGGACAACAAUGAGGUGGUUAAAGUGUUGCUGAUGAACGGCGCCAACCUAAAUUUGCCCGAUGCCAACGGAUCGACUCCUCUGCACAUUGUUUGCCAAAAAGACCUUCGUGGCAACGACGAAAAUCAUCAUCGUCACGAUCUGUUGAGGAUGUUCUUCGAGGUGAGCAAGGUGAAAAAUCAGCCGGUGCGAGUCGACGCCUUCGAUAAGGAGGGCAGCACACCGUUGCACUUGGCUCUGAACCGCAACAUCGCCGACAGGACGAUAGUCACUUUACUACUGAGAAACGGCGCCAACCCGAAUCUGGCCGAUGCGAAAGGAUCGACUGCUCUGCACAUGAUUUGCCAAAGAAAACUCGAUGUGGACAUGGCGGAUACGUUCUUCGAGAUGGUCGCCGAGCAACUUGGAACAGUGCGGAUCGACGCUCUGGACAAGCAAGGCAACACACCGUUGCACUUGGCUCUGAGUCACGAUUACAAGGCGAAGGCCGAAUCGCUGCUGCGCAGAGGGGCCAGUCCGAAUUCGGUCGACGCGGAUGGAUCGACUCCUCUCCACGUGAUUUGCAAGAGAUACCGCGAGGAAUAUAAUUUUGUGAAGAUAUUCUUCGAGAUCUGUGACGAAAAACAUGUGACGGUGCAAAUCAACGCUCGGGACAAGUUGGGCUGGGCACCACUGCACUUGGCUCUUGACCGCUGCCACAAGAACGUAGCCGAAUUACUGCUUAGAAGAAGAGCCGACCCGAACUUGGCCGAUGCAGAGGGACUGACUCCUUUGCACGUAAUUUGCAAAAAAGAGGACGACAAGGACGACGAGUUGCUUAAGCUGUUUUUCAAGAUCAACGACGACAUCGAGCAGACUGUGCUAAUAGAUGCGCGGGACAGUAACGGUAACACACCGUUGCACGUGGCUCUGAGCCUCGGCAAAAAGGAGGCGACCGAAUUACUUUUCGGAAGAGGUGCCGAUCAUAAUUUGGCCGACGACGAUGGAUCAACGCCACUGCAUAUCAUUUGCCAAAGAGAAGACUGCGAUGACUUGUUGAAAAUAUUUUUCAAGUUCAACUGCAAACUUCAUGAGACGCUAGACGCCUGUGACGUGGUGGGCCGGACUCCACUGCAUUGGGCCGUGGCGAGUCUCUUGCCAGACAUGGUCGACUUUCUGUUGAACAGUGGGGCUGAUGUUUCUGGCUUCGUUUUUCCCACCGACAGUCAUUUCGUCAAUAAAAAUACAUCUACGCGUGAACCAGAGACGAUCGUUUUCCGUACGAUAUCCAUCGUCGAGUCACUGGAAAAAAGAGGAUAUCGGCUGAACCAAACCGCCGCCCUGACUAUUAUGAAAACAUUCGCCAAGCAUGGCACGGUGGGCCUGAAGCCGCGAUAG